UUAGGAAGAUUUUUUAAGUGUUUGAUACCACUCAACAAGCCCAGACAAAGACUAUGCUAAAAAUUCGCAUGCCCAAAACCAGAAACCGGCCAUUAUCUCACGUGUGAACUGCGUCAGAGGCCCAGUCGUCGUAUUUUUUUAUGCCCACCUACCCCCGGGAAACUCCAUUGAUCUUUCCUCAGCUACUUCAGACUCUCAGCAAUUUCGUCCCAUUCAGAAGGACCGAUUAUGUUGACCCACGUUUCAGACCUAUAAAUACCCACCUAAUUCCCAGCUUGCUUCUCAGCUCGUGUCUCCUCUGCAACCGAGCAUUCAAACCCCCAAAAUACAGGUUAAAACCAACAGGAAAAGCAGAGAAUUAGGAGGAAAAUCAGAGAUUCAGUACAAAAAUCGGAUCUGGUGAACGAAUUUGUCAGUGAAAUCAAACCGGAAAAAAAUGCAGAGCAUUUCAGCGAGUUUGUGCAAUGGCAGCGUGGAGAAUUUGAGGAAACCGGGGGUAUUUUACCCGCGGGAGAAUUUGAAGCAAAGGAGGGCCAAAAUUGGGGCUGUUUAUACUCCUCCGGGACAAGGGAUGCAGAAUCCUCUGGGGGAUUGUGCGAAUUUGAGCCGAUCGCAAUGGCAGAGCUCCUGUGCGAUUCUUUCCAGCAAAGCCGUAGCACAGCAGCAGGAAACGGAGAAAUCUGCAGGGGAAGCUCUGGUUCCCGUCAAUGGCAGCGCGAGAAAGGAAACGGCGAUCGCUACGCUGGAUAGCUUGCCGAAACCCCUGUCGAUUGCAGACUUUUCACCUGCGCCGAUGCACGGCGCGCAGCUGCAGGUGGCGUACCAGGGCGUUCCGGGAGCUUACAGCGAAGCUGCGGCGAACAAAGCAUACCCUAAUUGCAACGCCAUACCCUGUGACCAGUUCGAGGUUGCCUUUCAGGCCGUGGAGCUCUGGAUCGCGGAUCGGGCCGUUCUGCCUGUGGAAAAUUCCCUAGGGGGGAGCAUUCAUAGGAAUUACGAUUUGCUGCUGCGGCACAGGCUUCACAUAGUGGGGGAAGUCCAGCUGCCUGUUCAUCACUGCCUCAUGGCGCUUCCUGGCGUAAACCCUAAGGAGGAUCUCAGGAGGGUUAUAAGCCAUCCUCAAGCCCUAGCUCAGUGUGAGCACACAGUCACACGGCUCGGCCUUGGCCUGGCCCGUGAAGCCUUUGAUGACACAGCAGGUGCCGCUGAGUACAUCGCUGUAAAUGGCCUCCGUGAUACUGCUGCCAUUGCCAGCGCUAGGGCCGCUGAGCUUUACGGCCUGACAAUCAUUGCAGAUGGAAUUCAGGACGACUGCAACAAUGUUACCCGCUUUGUUAUGCUGGCUCGCGAGCCCAUCAUUCCGCGCACAGAUCGGCCAUUCAAGACCAGCAUCGUUUUCGCCCAUGAUAAGGGGACCUCUGUUCUGUUCAAGGUCUUGUCUGCCUUUGCUUUCAGGGACAUCAAUUUGACCAAGAUCGAGAGCCGCCCGCAUAGAAAUAAGCCCCUGCGGAUCGUUGAUGAUGUGAAUUUCAGCGGGACUGCUAAGCAUUUUGAGUACCUGUUUUAUGUUGAUUUUGAGGCAUCCAUGGCUGAACCUCGCGCACAGAAUGCUCUGGCUGAGGUCCAGGAGUUCACUUCUUUUCUUCAGGUUCUCGGCAGUUACCCCAUGGAUAUGACGCCCUUGAAUAAGCAUUGAUUAAGGAAUUACAGUUUUCUUUACAUUCUUUUUGCUCCUGCUUUCUUCCCUUGCUCACUGUAAUUUGCAGGGCAGCCUGCGGAUUUGGUUUGAAUUUGGUUAUGGCAAUGACAGUCUGCGGAUUUGGUUUGAAGUUGGUUAUGGCAAUGACCCAAAGUUUGGAUACUUUUCUUUGUACAAUCCGGCAAAAUAACAUUGUACAGAAUCCUCUGGGAUAAAGUAUUAAUUCCAUUCAUAAAUCGAUGUUCA